AUGAUUGCUUUAGCAGUUGCGAAUUCUGGCAUUGCUUCAUCGGGUCUGUCUGGAGGUAGAAAUGCAAAUUCUCGAUUCAAAAUCCCUCUUGAUGUUGACGAGAUUCCAAGUCCCAGUAUUUCCAAACAGAGUGCUCUAGGACAACUUAUUCGUCUUGCAAGACUUAUUAUAUGGGAUGAAGCGCCAAUGGAAAAACGUCAAACGAUUGAAUACUUUGGCAGAUUGCUACAAGAUGUUUGUUCGAAUCAACAAAAAUUUGGAGGAAAGGUUGUUGUAUUUGGUGGUGAUUUCCGGCAAGUAUUACCUGUCGUACCGAAAGGAAGUCUGCGUGAAGUUGUUGCAACGAGUUUUGUGAUGUCCCCCUUAUGGCAUGAGCUCCAGAAAAUCCACUUAACACAAAACAUGAGAGCAAUUAACAAUCUACCUUUUUGUAACUUUGUGUUACAAAUCGGAAAUGGCAUGCCUCCUUAUGAAGAUGGGAAAAAUAUAGAGCUACCUAUACCAUUAGUCAUUCCGUAUGACAAUGAACAUUCAUCUCUGCAUCUCUUUGUAAAUAGUAUCUACCCUGAUAUAGCGAAUACGACUUCUGAAUCCUUCUUUGCAACAAAGAAAGCUAUUUUAACCCCCAAAAAUGAACAUGUUGCAAAAAUAAACUCUCAGUUAGUCCAACAACAGCCAGGAAGAGCUACAGAAGUUUUGACGGUAGGCAGUCCAAUAAUUUUACUUCGAAAUAUAGACCUGACAUUAGGCUUAUGCAAUGGAACAGGAUUAGUAUGUAGAGCAUUUUUCCCUAAUGUUAAUGAUGCCGAAAUUAUUGUUGGACAUCAUUGUGGCCAACGGGUUUUUAUACCUAGAAUCCCGUUGCAGCCGUCAGCUACAGAUAAGUACCCAUUCAGAUUUACCCACAAGCAAUUUCCAAUCAAUCUGAGUUUUCCAAUGACCAUCAACAAGUCUCAAGGUCAAACACUUGAUAGAGCUGGCAUAUAUUUAUUACAACCAGUUUUUUCUCAUGGUCAGUUAUAUGUUGCAUUGUCUCGUGCUAAGAAAAAGUAA